AUGUGUAUAAAUAAGAAAGAUACGAAAGAUGCAAUAUUGGAUGCUAACAAUCACAACCACUUCCAAAGAAUGUACGGAAAGAUGGCAUUUGAAUAUAUGGAAACAGACAGAGAGUUAGGUAACCUUUUCGGAGAAGCAAUGUCUCAAGCAGGGCCUUUAGGAGUGAAAUCAAUCCUUGAUGCAUAUAAAGGAGGCUUUGAUGGAAUAUCAACGUUAGUUGAUGUAGGAGGUGGAUAUGGACAAGUCCUCAAACAAAUUCUCUUCCAAUAUCCAUCAAUUAAAGGAAUUAAUUUUGAUUUGCCUCAUGUUGUGAAAAACGCACCCCCUCAUCCAGGCAUAGAGCAUAUCGGGGGAGACAUGUUUGAAAGUGUUCCAAAAGGUGAUGCCAUUUUGAUCAAGCGUGUAUGUCAUAACUGGGGAGAUGAAGAAUGUGUCAAGUUUUUGAGAAAGUGCUACGAAGCUUUGCCAGCAGAUGGGAAGGUUAUAGUUUUGGAGACUUUAGUGCCAGAAAUUCCCAAGUCAACAUCAAAGGAUAUUUGUGCUGUGGACAUGGAUUACAGUAUGUUUCUAGUUCAUGGUGGAAAGGAAAGAACCGAGAAACAAUAUGAGAAAUUAUGCAAGAGAUCGGGAUUUUCCAGAUUUAAGGUUGCUUGCAAUGAUUCAAGUGCCAUUGAUGCAGUGAUGGAGUUCUACAAAUAA